AUGGCUGCUGUUACGCCAUCCAACAGUCGGCUGAAGCUGACCCCGUCCAACUCGCCCUAUCUUGGACGUCCCUCGAGAUCCCCAAUGCGCGGCCGCCAGCAAGAAUCCUGGCUCUCCUUGCGGAGAGUCGUCGGCACCACUUGCCGUUCGCAAACCGGUUUCGACGCAGUCAAUUCUUCCUUUGCAUAUGUCGCGGGGGGUGCUGUCGUCGUGGCCAACGUCGAAAAUGGAAACUACAACCAGCGCUUCUACCGGGCUCGACCGGCCGCCGUCCCUAUCCACAAUGCCGUGACCACGAUGCAGAAUACUUCGAGUACACCGACCAUAGCCACUCCCAAGGCGAACGACAGCCGCGGCCGGGUCGCCCCAGCCAGCCGAGACUCUAUAUACGGCUCACUCGAUUGGUCCGACUCCCCCUCCUCCAAAACCUGGACUAGCAGAGAAAGGAUCAAGGCCGCCACCUGCGUUGCCCUCAGCCGAGAUGGCAAGUUUCUCGCCGUAGGCGAGACUGGCUAUGCCCCUCGCGUCCUUAUCUUCAACCUCCAAGAAGCAUCGUCUGAUGUACCGCUAGUCUCCAUAAGCGAACACACGUUUGGAGUAAACGCCGUAGCUUGGUCGGCAGACUCCCGCUACCUUGCCUCAUUAGGUGCCGCCAAUGAUGGCUUUCUCUACAUCUGGAGGGUAGACCCUCGCACCGGGCAAACGAGAUUAUUCCAACAGAAUCGAUGCACUUCAUAUAUACGACACAUGACAUGGAUGGGGAGCAACCUCAUUACACUCGGAGUGCGCCAUGUCAAGAUUUGGAGGAUCGAGGACGGGCCUUCAUCUCCGACAAAGAGUCGGCAAUUUAAUGACUCUGCUCCGUCUACUCCAACAUCUUCCCAAAAGACCCUACCCGGCCGCAAUGUGCUGCUCGGUGGUCUACUUGAUGCUACCUUCACCUGCGCCGCCGUGGAUGGAAACCGACUCCUUGUAUGCACUGAGGCCGGCGAUGUCUGCAUCAUGGAUGAUGACGACAGACAAAUGAAGCUUGUCAAGUCAGUCACAUUGAACUUUGCUAUUACAACCAUUACCAUACGAGGUGAUGUCGCCUAUGUUGGAGGUAAAGACGGCUCUUUUGCCACCUUGGAUGUACCAGCCGUCAUGGACGGAGGCAGCGAGAAUUGCAUCUUGACCACAGCAACCGCACCUACAGGAGUACUCGCCCUUGGCUUCCUUAACGAUAAUCUCGUCACAAUCGACUCGAAACAGUCCAUUGACAUUUGGUCCCACAAUCAUUUGCCGGGCCAAAAGCAGGACGCGAUUGCCCACAUUCCCAUUCCCAGCCAUGGCGAAUCCAUCAAUGGAGUGCAACCUCUUCGCCGCCCCAACAAACCCGAUGCUUCAUUCAUCACCUGGUCCGGCUCAGGAAAUGUGACCUUUUGGGAUACAGAAGGCCGACAAAAAAUGUCGGUUGAUGUCCCUAUUGAUGCGGUUGAAAUUGACUCAGAAAUGGGCCUCAGCAACCAAGUCACUUGCGUUGAAACAUUGCGCAAUGGCAAGCAGCUCAUCGUUGGAGAUCGCUUGGGUAUACUUAAAAUAUUUGACGUUGAUACUAAGGAGCUGCUCCUUGACACCAAAGCGCACUCUAUGCACUGUGUUGGCAUCAGCGUGUGUGAGACCCCUAACAAAUUUAUCGUUGCGAGCUGCGGCCGUGACAGGACGGUACAGCUCUUCCACCAACUGUCAAGUGGGCAGAUUGAACACUUUCAAACGCUGGAAUUCAAUGCAAGAGUUGUCCAAGUAUUGCUUCCGUCGGAUGACAGAGUCAUCACUUGUUCACUGGACCGGUCUCUCCAGAUCCACGACCUGGUCACCCGUGAUGGCGAACCCGACGUCAUCGCAGCCAUACCCUCCAAAGUCAUAUCUCUCAAAGCAUCACCCACCAGCCUGCUUAUGGGGCCUGACCGCCGCAGCAUCUACAUUUCGCUGCUGGACCGAUCUGUUUUCCAAUUUGAUUUAUUCACUGGUCGACAAGUCUCUUGCUUCAAGUGCACAGACGAAGGCGGCGUCGAGUCUGCUGUGCUGGAUGGCUUAACCCUGGGCAACUGGCCGGCUCGAGAUCUUGACCUCAUUUUGGGAACUUCCAACACUGACAAAUCGAUUCGAUUGUACGAUGCGCGAUCAGGGUCCUUCCUCGACCGCGAAUGGGGGCACACUGAGGCGAUCAACGGUGUGUGCAUUGUGGAAGAUGACGAUGGCUCAAAGAAGGUGGUCAGUGCUGCGUCAGACGGCACCAUCAUGAUUUGGCUCUUGGAUUUCACCGAGUGCUCACCGAGAUCCAUGAGCCGUGAUCCGUCACCUGCAAAAGAUUCUGGUAUCAAUGGCCGGCCCACACUGAGAAAGGUCCUCUCGAGAGCAGAGCUUGCCGAAUUUCAGCGUCCAACUCCUUCGAGCAAUAGCCGACAAAGAUCGCCGUCUCGCACUCUACCGCGCCGCAGCUCACGCCUGAAUAUGAAGACGCCAACCGGGACAAUGAGUGGUCAAAGUAACAGCACAAUCAUCGAAAGCACGCCAUCAAGGCGUCGGCCUUCUGAAAGCCAGGGAGCUAGUCCACCACCCAGCCCAAAGGGCCGUGUCAGCCGUCGACCUUCGCUACCAGCAAUGAGCGUGACUGCGCGCAAAAAGUCGUCUGCGACAAACUUAAGGGCCCAAAACACGUUGAACACAGCCACCGAGCAAGCCUGCCGCACAUUGCGUGCUUACAGGCGCAAACUCUCUUCUGCAGAACCGAUUACUGCCGAAUGCUUGACAGAGCUCGACCAGGAACUUCGUCUGACAGCAGCGGCGCUAGGCGAUCGUGCAAUUCGCAGCAAAGCCAUGAACGAGACUGUCCUCAGUGGACUGUUGGACCAGUAUUCCGAACGACUCGUCACCUUGCUGGACGAGAAACUACGACUUACCACACCUUCCAAGGACCGAGAGACGGACAACCAAACCGAAGAGCGCCGUGGCAGUGCCGACAGCAGCUCCAACACAUCAUCUUCACCGUGA